AGGCCUGUCAGGGCUGUUCUUUCCCUUUGUCUCGACAGGAGAGAGGGAGCGAAACGGGGAGAGAGAGGGUUGCUGGUUCCUGAACAAGCGCUAUGCGUUAGAGGGCGGCUUGGAACGAAACUCAAGGAUAGUUAUACUAUAAUUGAAGGGCAACCUGUUAUUCUCCACCUGUCUUUCUAUUGUUGUUUUAAAAAUUAUUUUAACAUUUUGGAGUUUGUUUUCUUUCCUAAGCCUAAGCGCUCUUGUGGAGGCCGUAACUAGUGAAGGUUACUCUGUGAUUCUCUGGGUGCCUGGUCGUUCCUAACUCAGACCAUGCGUUCCCUGUGGCUGCUCCUGAUCCCGUGCCUGUCCCUGUCCCUGGCGCCCUUCGUCCAGACCGAGAAGGGCCUGGAGUUCCCUCGCUAUGACGGGAAUGACAGGGUCAUCGACAUCAAUGACAAGAACUACAAGAAGGCCAUGAAGAAGUACAGCAUUCUCUGUCUGCUGUACCACAAACCCAUCCCUGACGGCAAGGAGCUGCAGAAACAACACCAGAUGACCGAGAUGGUGCUGGAGCUGGCUGCCCAGGUUAUGGAGGAAAAGGAGAUUGGGUUUGGAAUGGUUGACUCCCACGAAGACGUCAAGGUUGCCAAGAAGCUGGGCCUGGUGGAAGAGGGAAGUGUGUACGUGUUCAAGGGAGACCAUGUGAUUGAGUUUGAUGGCCUGCUCUCUGCAGACACCCUGGUGGAGUUCCUACUAGACCUGUUGGAGGAGCCCGUGGAGGUGAUAGGAAAUACUCUGGAGCUGAGGGCCUUCGACAGGAUGGAGGAAGACAUCCGUCUUAUUGGCUACUUCAAGAACGACGAAUCAGAAUACUACCAUGAAUUCAAGGAGGCUGCAGAGCAGUUCCAGCCCUACAUCAGAUUCUUCGCUACCUUUGAGAAAUCUGUGGCCAAGGAGCUGACCCUGAAGAUGAACGAGGUGGAUUUCUACGAGCCCUUCAUGGAGGAGCCUGUCACUGUCCCUGACAGGCCCAACUCUGAGGAGGAGAUCGUGGCCUUCGUCACUGAACACAGGAGACCAACACUGAGAAAACUGCGUGCUGAGGACAUGUUUGAGACCUGGGAGGACGAUUUGGAGGGGAUCCAUGUAGUGGCCUUCGCAGAGGAGGAGGACCCUGAUGGUUAUGAGUUCCUGGAGCUGUUGAAGGAGGUGGCCAGAGACAAUACUCACCACCCUGGUCUCAGCAUCAUCUGGAUCGACCCUGAUGACUUCCCCCUGCUGAUCCCCUACUGGGAGAAGACCUUCCACGUGGACCUGUUCAAGCCUCAGAUCGGAGUGGUCAACGUUACUGAUGCUGACAGCAUCUGGCUGGAGAUAGACGAACAGGAUCUGCCCACAGCCCAGGAGCUGGAGGAUUGGAUAGAGGACGUCCUGUCUGGCAAGGUCAACACCGAGGAUGAUGACGAUGACAACGAUGAUGAUGACGAAGAUGAUGACGACAAAGAUGAUAACGAUGAUGAUGACGACGAAGAUGACGACGAUGACGACGAUGAUGACGACGAAGAUGAUAAUGACGACGAUGAUGAUGACGACGAUGAUGAUGAUGAUGAUGAAUAAUUCAAAUACUACAAAUUUGUAAUCCAAAAUUCACAACAUUGUUGUAUAGUCUCUUCACUGUACCAUCAUCAAAGUGAACGAGUUCAGGGAGAGAGGAAUAGAUCUAUACGCUUUUAUAAAAUAUUUUGUACAAUGUGUACAUCACUGGCCAAAAUCAACCUUUCUGCAUUAGAAGAAAACCCCAUCAACAGAUUUUGUUUUUCAAGAAUCUGAUAAAAAUACUGUAGAUAAACUGAAAUCUAUCUGAAAGAGAGAAGUAACAAUCUGUUGACCAACAGAGAUACUUCAGAAAACCACAAACAGUACUUUCCAUCCUUCCCUUAAUUCUACUAAUUUAUAACAAUGACUAGCAACCACGACAAAUACAUCAAUCUAACUUUAGUUUGAUCAAUGAAGUGCUGCUGUACACUAUACUAAACCUCACUGAAGUCACUGAAAAGGUUGGCAUCUUUGUGUGCUUUUCUGUGCCCUCUAUUAUAUACUCUGUGUGUAGAUAAUUGCAGUUUAGGUUCUACUUCCUGGAUUCAGUGCAAAUACACACCUGUCUCUCUCUUUCCCAGGGGCUAGAUCUUUGUUAUUACUAUUGACACUUUCCAAUUUCCACAACACUUUCUCUCCUUUCAUCUCCUCCUCCUCUCCAUCUCUGUAUUCAUGUGUGUUUGAGUAUGCAACAGCUGCAAAGUGAGAUAAUAUCAGCAUUACACACCCAGAUGGGAGAGGAAAGCCUAUUUAAAUGCAAAUUCUUCAAGUCUCAAUUUCUCUCAUUUAUUCUCUCGCAAUGUUUCGUUCUCUUCAUCUUUCUGUCUCUUUCCCUCCUUGACUCAUCGCUCGUUCUCGCCCUCCUUCCGUGGGCUAUUAGAGGAGAUGUGUAGUGGCAGGAGAGAGUUCUCAGUGUUCCGUAGGACCAGGGCACAGUAGGGGGAAGGGGGCUUCAGAUAUUAACUCAAUGUCUAUACUCAACCUUCAUAUUACAACCACUAACUCUCUCGCUCGCUCUCUCUCCGCCUUCUCACAUACUGUACAGUACACAAGACAAAUACACUGCAGCACACACACGCACACACACUUGCGUUCCAAAACUAAGUCAUACAGUAUGAGAAUAUGUUGAAAAUGUUCAUACAAAUAUUUAUUUUACAAAUGUGAAUCUUGAUACAGUUAUUGUAAUUCCAUAUCUGUAAUCUUAAAGCAAAAACUUAAGACUGAAUUUGUCAGUAUGAAAUUUAGGAUGGCUGGCGCACGCACGCACGCACACACUCUCUCUAUAGGACGAAAAUUCUUGCAUACAAUAACACAAACAAGUUGAGCAUACAACAUAUGUGUUUCAAAACAUAGGCACCUUUGUAGUGAAGGAUGCAUAACAGGAGACAAAGGCCCCAUUCAAACACUUCCUUUAAGUAGUCACAUAUCUGAAUUGGUUGUAUGACGGAAAGCAUUGGUUGGCAAUCUUGCUUUGAUCUAUCCAACACUUACGACUUGCGAUUACCUCAAGAAAACAAGGAAUAAAGGAUGAAUUCGAACGGUAUUCAAACAAAAUUCACAACCAUGAUUUCAACACUAUAAAAUCCUCAACAUUUAACUUUUUAGUGACAACAAUGAUUGUACAAUUGCUAACAAUUUCAUUAUCAUAGUCUUGAAAAAUAAGCACAUGUAAUAGGGAAGAUUUGGAUAAAAAAAAUUCUAUAUAAAAAGAAAUAAAUACUGUCCACAGAUUAGUAUAAAAAUCCCAUAGCAGUGGUAGUACUACUAGUUGUAGCUAGAUGGCACUACAGCUUCUGUUGUGAAUGUAGAGAUCCCUCACUAUGAGACUGUUGUCUGCACAUCAAUACUGAGGAAUAUACCGUAUCCAAUAUCCAAAUGUUAAAAAAAAAAUAUAUUAGAAAUGUAUCACCUGGGCCUAUUGGAAUCAGUUCCAGGACAUGUAGAUAUGUGUAUGCAGUCUUGGAGAUAGACAAGCAUUUCGCGACACCCGCUAUAACAUCUUCGAAAUAUUUGUAUGUGACCAAUAAAAAAAUGUGAUAUUGA